UACGAUCCGUUCCCAAACUUUUGGAUCAUAUACACUUAAGAAAAAUGGCGAAAGAUGGUGAGAAGAGACACGUGCAGCUUCCAUAACACUCCUUCCCGCUUUUCUCUUUUUAUCUUUGCUUCCAUGCAUGGAUUUCUCCCCCCACCAAAUUUAGUACUACUUAUUUAGUACUAGUAGAGCUAUAAACUAGCUUAAUUUUUAGAGAGAAAAAACAUAUAUAUGAAGAGUAGAAAUUCUUGCUCAGCAACUAAAACCACACAAUAAAGUAAAAACUAAAACUACCCUUUUUUUUUUUUGCUCUUUCAAUUUUUGAUUUGUUUCCUCAAUUUUCAACUACCCAAUAGCUAAUUAGUGAGAGAAAGUUCAUAAUCUAGAGAGAGAAUUUUUUUUAAAAAAAAAUGGGGAAAAAUUAUGUGUAAAUAUUUCUACUCAAAACAAAAAAAAAAAAAAAAAAGCUCCUCUUUUUUUGCAUCAGUAGUUCAGAUCUUAAACUUGCUCAAAAACAGCAACUUCCCUCUCCUACUUUCACCUCCUUCUCCUAACUCCAACUAAAUAAAAAACCCAUCAUUUUUAAACUCAAAUUUCAUCAAAGAUUCAAACUUUCCUCUGUUUUUUCACAAAAAAACUUCUAAAUUUCACUUUUUUGUUAGUUUUUGUAAUGGAAGAGCAAAAAAAUAAGCAUAUUUGCAAGUUUUGUAAGAAGAGUUUUCCUUGUGGAAGAUCAUUAGGAGGUCAUAUAAGGUCUCAUUUACCAAAACCAGGGUAUGAACUUAGAGAGAAUCCAAAGAAAACAUGGAGAUCAGUAGCAGCAGCUGAUCAUGAGGAUCACACUAUGAAUUCUUCCUUUUCUUCUUCUUCGAACGAGACUGGAAACCCGAAAUCAAGCAAGAUUAGUAGUCAGAAUCAGGGGAAAAGAUCAAGUUUUGGAAGAAAUAAUUCUCAGUCUUCUGUUUCUGAGGUGGUUGAAGCAGAGCAAGAAGAACAAGAAGAGGUUGUUGUUGCAAUGUGUUUGAUCAUGUUGUCUAGAGAUGUAGGAUCUUGGGGUGAUGUUUCUUCCUCUUUCGCCGCGGCUGCGACUGCUGCUGCUGAUCAGGGGAGUAACAGCAAGAAUAGAAGGAGAAGAAGAGAGAAAGUUCAGGGGAAUGUCUCUGUUUCUGCUGACAAAAAUUCUGAAUCUGCAGUUUCUGGGUAUCAGCAAAAAGGGCUGAAAUUGAAGGAAAUUGAAGUUAAUAUUACUGGGUUUGGAUCAAAUGAUCAAAACAGCAAGUUUUCUGAGAGUAAGAAGAAGAGAGAAAAGAUUGAUCAUGUUGGUAAAAGUAUAAAGAUGGAAUCUUUAGCUUCUGGGUUUGUUAAAGAUAGUGUAAAAAUGAAGGAAUAUGAUGUUUUGGAAAAUGGGUUUAUGUCAAAUGAUCAAAACAAGCAAUCUUCUGAGAGUAAGAGAAAGAUUAAUGCUCAAUCAUCAGCUUCUGGGUUUGUCAAAAAAUCGUCAAAAAUCGUGGAAUUUGAGGUUUCUGAACAUGGGAUUUCUUCAUAUGACCAAAAAAGCAGUGAUCAUGAAAUAUUUGAUUCAGAAUUUUACAGCAGUAUGAGUAAAAGGAGCAAAUUUGAGUGUACUACUUGUAACAAAGUAUUCCACUCUUAUCAAGCUUUAGGGGGUCAUAAAGCUAGUCACAAGAAGCAUGGUGUAGGAGGUAAAUGUUCUCCUCCCUUUCCAAAGCUCGGGCCUGAGACCGACAUCGGUGGCAACGACAUCGUUUUAUCUCCUGAUCCUAGGCAGCAACCCCAAUCCCAACCCCAACAACAACACGAGCUAGUUCCCGAGGUUGGGGCUAUUAUUGGAUCAUCGCCGUCUAAGAAAGUUGUGAAUAAACAUGAGUGUCCGAUAUGUUAUCGAGUUUUUCCAUCAGGACAAGCACUAGGAGGGCACAAAAGGUCACAUUUACUAGUAACAUCUAAUGGUGAUACUAAUAGCAAAAUUACUGAGGCGAAAAUCAAUAAUCACAUUCAUCAAACUAGUAGAAUUGAUGAUGUGGUUGAAAGAUUAUCAAGCAUGGAAAGUACUAGAGAUUUGCUUGAUCUUAAUUUUCCUCCUGCACCAGCACACGACGAAACGACUAUGACUACGACAACGACCACGACUACUACCGUUACUACUACUACUAGCAGUAGUACUUCACUAGUUGGGUUCAUCAAGCCAUAUUGGUGUGUUGAAAGCUCUCAAAAGCACGAGUCUUUAUUGGGAUUAAUCUCAAAUUGAUUUAUUAUUAUGAUUCAUAUAGUUUAUAGUAUAAUGUUUAAGGAUUUCAAUUAUUCAAGAGUGUACAGAUUUAUGGCAUACUUUCGCCAUCGAUUCAUUCAUUAUUCGAGUUUGUAUUAAAGAAAUUCAAAAUUGGCCAAGUGUUGCACUCUUUUUUUUUUCAUUUCUUUUCUUACAAUCAAUAUAGACCUUGUGUACUUUGUUGAUCAAGUGAAAAGAGACAAAAGGUGAAUUGCAUUAAUGAUAAUAUCAUCUAACUUGUGAAUGUCAUACUACAUAACAAUACUCCAAUUGCUAUAUACUAACUUUUAAAAUCUUACAUCAAAGUUGAUUUGUACUAUUAUCAAGAGCAGUCUACACUAUAGUAUCAUGUGAUAUACUGAUAAGAGACAGUAAUCUCGCCUAAAAAUUAGGAACUGAACUGAACUGAAAUUAAGCUGAAAAGAACAGGUUACAACAGGUAUAUCUGUACAGACUUGGAGAUUCAACAAGCUAUAAAAGGUAACGAGUACAUAAUCGAUUCAUGGUGUGGUAAUAAUAAUACUUCCUUGCUAUGGAAGAUAAAUAAGUGUGGUGUUGAAAGUUGUAGUGUAUUAAAAAGAAAGAACUAACUAACAAAAAAAAAAAAAAAAAAAAAAAAA